AUGCACAAGGAGCGCCUGGGCGACGCAGGGCGGGGGCGGGCUGGAGUGGGUGGGGCUGAGCGGAACACGACGGCAAAGGAUGCGGAGGUGGAUGUGACGGCGUGGAACGGAAGCUGGGAAAUGGCUGGGGACCGUUGGGGAGUUAGGAGUGAAGGGGAUUCUGGGAAUCUGGAUUCAGUGAGGAUAUGGGUUGUCAGCCUAAUUUUGUGGUCAUCGGAGGCGAUCGGCUAUGUAACACAGGUAAGCAGAAUCACUUUUACGAGCAACUACAUGGAAGUACGUUUCGUACUUGGAAUUAACUUCAUUAAAGAACUUGAUAAGGUUUCGCCUGAAACUACUCCUAAGAGUAACGGGCAGUUGCCGUCCCCAGCGGCGCCGGGGGCGGCCGCUGCGGCGGGGCUGGCGCUGCGCUGCCGCCGCACCCAGCCGUCGUCACUUCCGGCGGAAACCGCGCUGACAGCUCGACGCGCAUUCAGCCGCAGGCGCCGCACCGCACCGCGCCGCGCCGCUUGGGCCUGGGAGCCGAAAUUUCUCCGGCAGGCGGAACCGUCGCGUCGCGUCGCCUCAGCAAGGCCCCACAGCGGCUCACGGCCCCCCGGAGCACUGCGGGCGUCAUAUCCUGGGAAACGGCGCUGCCACACCGUUGGCCGAGAAUAG